AUGAAAGUGCUUUUGGUGGCGUACUUUCUAAUCGCAGUAGUUUGGAUUGCAUUGGCGGCUCAGCAAAUCGACUCAAAUGCAUCGGACACUAAACGGUUGGAAAAUUUGAAAUUGAUUAGUGGCAUUUCGUUAAAUACAAAACUACUUGAAGCUCAGAGAAGAAAAGAUCCUGUUUAUUAUUAUAAUAAGCCGAAUCGACUAACUGAUGGUAACUACCAUGAAUUUGGUAAGCACAGAUAUAGGGGAAAAAUCGGUGCCACAUUACAAAAUCAAACAUCGACAAGCAAUAAUUUGAAAGAUGAUAUACUAAAUUCAAAGAAAAAUAUUAAUUUAAUGGAAGAGAGUCCUAUAGCUAGUCAGAAUAAUCAGCCAUUCGGUCAGAACACUGCGAAUUACUUGCCACCAAAGAAUCAGGAACUUCCAGGAUACUCUUCAUCUCAACUUUUCUCUAAUCAGAACUAUGACUUUCCAAAUCAUUAUCCAUAUGAGCAGCAACAUCAGCAAAAUGGUAAUGAUCAACAGCAAUAUGAUCAACAACGCCAACAACAUUACGAUCAACAGCGACAACAGCAAUAUGAUGAACAGCGACAACAGCAGUAUGACGAGCAACGACAACAGCAAUAUGAUCAGCAACAACAACAACAUCAACAACAAGAUUAUGAUCAACAGCAGCAGCAUCAAUAUGAUCAACAACAACAAUAUGAUCAACAACGCCAACAGUAUUUAUACAAUCAGUUGCUAAAUAAUAAAUAUAAUGUUCUCCAAGAAAAUCGUGAUGCAUCAAAUUUAAAUUCCGCUCAAACUCUAUUAGCAAAUCAGCAAAUCUCAGAUGCAGCUCUUUUCUUAAGUGAAAACGCUCAAGCUAUAUCGAAUCUUUACGGCGCAUCGGCGCCAAAUGAAAAUUAUGCUCCUAACAAUCAACAUUUUCAGCCAGUAUAUCAUAAUAAUAAACACGAUAAUCGAAAUCAAUUAGAAGAAUUUCAAAAUUCCUUACCUUCAUAUGCUUCCGGUAUUUUGAGCUCUCAAGAGACUCUUGAAAAAGUGCAAUCAUUGGAAAGGGAACGGAUAAUUAAAGAACUACAGCAAGCAUUAUCGAAUCAAGAUAUUUCUCGAUUAAAGGCAGCAAAUAAGCCAUUGAAAUUGACUACUGAACAUAAUGAUUCUUUUAGUAAUUCUCAACCUUUUUCGCCCUCUUCUUCCGCUAACUCCUUAGAAGAAUUUUACGGAUUGGCGUCACCCAUUUCUACACCUCAUGUUCCUAUAUCUUCUACGUCAACGACAAUAUUACAGCCUAAUUAUGGUGGUAGCGUAAUAGAUAAUACUCAAAUAGAAUCUAGUUUGCCUGUAUCGGGUAGUAUAAGAUCAAGUAUUAAGAAUUCAGAAAUUCCUGAAAUCGAACCAAAUUUUCUACCGACAUCGAAUUUUAUUCCAAGCGCACCCACUUAUCAAGAACCCGUAUAUCAUAGAACAUCUUCAAAAUUAACUAGUAAUUCGCCAACAUAUUUCGGUAUCCCUAUACCUACGUACAACAGUUUACGACCAUUGGAACCAUUAACAAAGAUAGUAACAGUCGCCUCUAAACCUUCCAGUACUUCGUAUUUCAAUACAUAUCAAUCAUCGAUAGCGCAACCCAAUCCGUAUUCAAUCAUUUCUUCUGGAAUUCAUUCCGCGGCAGUAAAUCCGGCUGCUUCUAAUUAUCACUCUGUUAAGACGUAUCCAUUUUAUUAUUCUCAUAAUACGGCAUACCAACAGCUGCAUAAACCAAUUGGAUUAGCAGGAUCGGCAAGUGUUUGGAGUUAUGCACCAUCUUUUGCUUAAACGUGGUAAACGUAUAAAAGAAAUGAAUG